AUGCAGGAAACCAGAGCCUCCAUUAAAAAUUUAGAAGUGCUAGUGGGUCAACUGAGCAAGCAAAUACUUGAGAGGUCUGCAAGUACAUUUCAAGGUGAUACAGUAGUGAACCCAGGAGAAGAUUGCAAGGCUAUUCAAUUAAGAAGUGGUAAAGUAGCUGGUUCUGAGACCAAGGGUUCACGGAUGUUAAUAUGUGAUCAUUAUUUGCCAUCGGAUCCAUAUAAUCCAAUUGUGGAGGGGAAUUUGCGGGAGACAGGAUUUUAUCACGUUUCUCAUAUCGGAGUUGUCCAAUGUCAGUCGGCAUUGGUUAAUGCUCUAAUCGAGAUAUUGCGGCCCGAGACUCAUACGUUUCAUUUUCCAAUUGGUGAGUGUGUCGUGACGUUGGAGGACAUGGCGGUAAUUUAUGGCCUUCCGACAAAUGGUAUUCCAGUUACAGGACCGACUCUGAGUAGUUAUGAGGCAUUAGGGGUCGAAUACCUCCAACAUUUUGGUGUUGCACCCAGGAAGACAGAUAGAGAAAGUUUCGUAAAGUUCACUUGGUUUCGGAGACUGAAGGCAUAUAUAUAA